AUGGCUCCUUUACGAGUGACGUUAUUUCUCAUAACUCUGCUGCUGCCAUCAAUACACACUGAAGAAAGUGUACUGACAGAGACUCAAAAAGACUCUACCACAUCUUCUAAUCGUAAGACAAAUCACAAGGCUGUCUUGGAUAAGACUGACCACCAAGGUGAUGGAAAUAUACAGGACCCUGAGAAGGUAUUCUCUGCCUCAAAGCAAGAUAAAACAUUAUUUGAAGACUUUGCCAAUGGUAACCAACAUGAGUUAAACCCAUCUAAAAACAAGAUGUCCCGGAGCAACUAUUGUACUCAAAAGAGUACAGUAAACUUCAAUCACAUUGACAAUAGGCUUCAAGGGACCAGAGUUAGGCACCAAAGAGACAAUUUUAAAUACAAAGGCAUCCUUGAUCUAGAUGAAAUUUUGUAUUUAGCGAUAAAGAGAUUGGCUUCCCUAAGAAUUUAA